CAAAACAUGCCAUCCCAAGCUCAAACAACCAAACGAAGUGGAACGCAGACCGUCCGCGUUAUGCCCAAGAAAAGAACGAAGCCACAGUGCCUUUGCCGCUCCUCUUCUCCCUACUCUUAGCACGAGUAGACGGUGGAGACUGUGUGUCCCUCUUACUCGUUCUUUUUAGCAGGUGCCGUUGGCGUUCGGUAGUUACCCUUGUAAUGAGCUUUCUAGACAUUGUGGAUUUAACAAGUGAUGAAGACACUGAACGGAUUGAUGAAAAAGCAGUCAUAUUGGAGACUGUUGCAGUUCCAGAUGUCAAUCGGCUUUCAGAGCCUUACCAUAGUGAAUCUCUUAAUCAGCAAACAACAGAAGUGCAAGUUAGGAAACAAGGCUCUUCAGAUGAAAUUGUUUUAGGUACCUUCAAGAAAAACCAUCUGCCACAAGAACAAGCAAGGUCUGGAUUGGAUGCACAUGGAAAAGCUUCUCUACCACCAGGCUUCUCUUGGGCAACUUGUAGGCAGUUUUGGAAGGCUGGGAACUAUCACUCUGGAAAGACUUGCAACCUUAAGAUAGCAAAUGGUGGGAAUCGCAUGCGUGUACACCCUAAGUUUCUUCAUUCAAAUGCUACAUCACAUAAAUGGGCCCUAGGAGCCAUAGCAGAGCUUCUUGACAAUGCAGUGGAUGAGAUACAUAAUGGAGCUACCUUUGUGAAUAUCGACAAAAUUAUAGACCCGAGGGAUCAGUGCCCUGCCUUGCUUAUUCAAGAUGAUGGUGGUGGAAUGGAUCCUGAAUGCCUACGUAAAUGUAUGAGCUUAGGAUACUCAGGGAAAAAGUCAUCUGCUAUUGGACAAUAUGGAAAUGGUUUCAAGACGAGCACAAUGCGAAUCGGUGCAGAUGUUAUUGUUUUCACUUCUUGCAUGAAAACAAGGGUUUGCACUCAGAGUAUAGGCCUACUCUCCUAUACUUUUUUGACACAAACAGGCCAAGAAGAUACGGUUGUACCAAUGGUCGACUAUGAAUUAUCACCAGCCACCAGAGAAAGGAAGCCUAUAAUUCGCACCAGUGAAAAAGAUUGGGUAUAUAACAUGUCAACAAUUUUGCAAUGGUCACCAUAUCAAACAGAAUCCGAUCUCUUGGUGCAAUUUGAUGACAUAGGACAUCAUGGAACUAAAAUUGUAAUUUACAACUUAUGGCACAAUGAUGAUGGAGACAUGGAGCUUGAUUUUGAGUCAGAUGAAGAGGAUAUUAAGAUUUCUGGAGCUCCAAAGCCGGAGCAUACUGGUCAUCAUACAAGGAUGCUGACCCAUAUGCAUGUUGCAAAUCAAUACCUCUACUCUCUUCGUGUAUAUGUGUCUAUUCUUUAUCUGCAACUGCCUAAUAGCUUCAGUAUAGUAUUGAGAGGAAGAGUGGUAGAGCACCACAAGCUAGUUGACAACCUCAAGUUCCCACAGUACAUCCUGUACAAACCUCAAAUUGGGGGAAACAAGGAGGCUGAAGUUAUAACAAUCAUAGGUUUUGUGAAGGAGGCACCACAUGUUAAUGUUCAAGGCUUCAAUGUCUACCACAAGAACCGUCUCAUUAGGCCCUUUUGGAGGGUUUGGCUUGAUCCGAGCAGCAGGGGAAGGGGUGUAGUUGGGGUGCUGGAAGCUAACUUUAUAGAGCCUGCUCACGAUAAACAAGAUUUUGAAAAGACUGCUGUCUUCCAGAAGCUUGAAGCUCGUUUGAAGACGAUGGCAGUUGAAUAUUGGAACUUGCACUGUGCUUUGAUUGGGUACAAGCCUCCAGUUCUGAAGAUAAAGUCUCAAGGAUCUGAUAGCAACCACAAACCUGUUCGAAUGGAAUUAGUUAGUGGUACCACUGGCAUGGCAGCUAUUGGGCUUCAACCUUCUUCUAUGAAGAGGAAACCACCAAGCAAUUUAGGUGACACAGAAACUUUUAAGCGUCCAGCCAUCACGGGACAAAAUGCAAUACCACCUUAUUUUGAAACAAGCGACAAAGCUGAUGAUUCUAGGAGACUGCAGGAAAGUAGGGAACUAUUAGAAGAAAAUGAAAAGCUGCAGCGACAGUGUAGGGAAUAUGAGAAAGUGGAGGAAGAGCUCGAACUUAAAGUUCGGCAGCUUGAGAUAGAACUUCAUGAAAUGCAGACCAAAUAUGCUCGUCUAUUGUUGGAAUCUCAAGAGAGCAAAUUGAAGAGCGAGAAGCCAUAGCUUUCUGGUGCAAAAUGCUUGACAUCUCUGGUUUUCUUGAAGAUGCUCAAUAUUUUGCUUCAUUACGCAUGGCCGUGUUCAUAUCUAAUUCUCACCAAAUUUUGUCCGUUAUUCUGCGCGCCUCUAAAUCAAGAUCUGCUGAAGGCAACAAAACGUGAUUACUGUACAUGAAAUCAAGGGGCUGUAAUCAGGAAAGUGACAGCCAGUCAGCAGCCUUAAUUUGCUUUAGAAGAGAGAAUCCCAUUUCACGGUUGUCCCACUUGUAUUUUGUGUAUAAAUAUGUUACAAGAGUUCACUUCUACUCCGAUUUGGAGUGCAUGUCAAACAAUACAUCAUGGAGCAUUAUAAACUUUUGCGGUUGAAUAAGAAAAUCAUCCAAAAUUCGAUUGAGCCCCAUCUUGGACUA